ACAGACGGGAUGGCAUUGGUGGUGGUCGUCCUCGGCCUCCUCACCCUCCUCACUGCGCUUGUCAACGGCGCGGUCAUCAUCGCCAUCUGCACGACCAAGAAGCUCCACCUGCCUGCCAACUACCUCAUCUGCUCUCUGGCCGUCACCGACUUCCUGGUGGCUCUCCUCGUCAUGCCCAUCAGCAUCAUCUACAUCACCAUGGAGACGUGGUCGCUGGGUCAGGUGGUGUGCGAGGUGUGGCUGAGCGUGGACAUGACCUGCUGCACCUGCUCCAUCCUGCACCUGUGUGUCAUAGCCCUGGACCGGUACUGGGCCAUCACCAAAGCUAUUGAGUACGCUCGCAAGAGGUCAGCCCGCCGAGCCGCUGUCAUGGUGGGGACAGUCUGGGUCAUCUCAGUUUUCAUCUCCAUACCACCCUUAUUCUGGAGGCAGAGGUCCAGCAGCAGCAGUAGCCUCCAGCAGUGCAUCAUAGAACAUGACCACCUGGGAUACACUAUAUACUCUACUUUCGGAGCAUUUUACAUCCCAAUGAUCAUCAUUCUUAUCCUAUACUACAGGAUUUACAACGCCGCCAAGACACUUUACCAAAAGCGCGGCUCUUCUCGCCACCUCAGCAGCCGCAGCAUAGGAAGUCAGAACUCUGUAGACCAUUGUCGAGUGUCCCACACAUUCUGUGUGUCAGACUUGUCCAACUCAGAUCCCACGCUGGCCACCGACAAACUCAACACUACAAUCCGUAUCCCGUCAUUUGAGACUGACAUGGACGGGCAGGAUGAGAAGAACCAGAUAUGUACGUCACGUGAGAGGAAAGCGGCGCGAAUCCUUGGCCUCAUCCUGGGGGCCUUCAUUAUCUGCUGGCUGCCUUUCUUUAUAAAGGAGCUCCUGGUGGGUUUGCGGGUUUUAAAGCCUUCGCAGCUCAUCUCGGACUUCCUGACUUGGCUGGGUUACAUCAAUUCUCUCAUCAACCCCCUGCUGUACACCAGCUUUAAUGAUGAUUUUAAGCUGGCUUUUAAAAAGCUACUCAAGAGAAAAGAGCAUGCAUAG